CCCAAGUCAUGAGGAGGAAGAUCUAUAUUGAAUUCAUAUAUAUCCUAUUACACUGCGUUUUUAAUCAUGUAAUUAUUAUGUGUAAAUAGUAAGUCAUCUAAUUCCUAAUUCUAUGAUUGCAUACUCCUCGCUCCUCUGCUCCUUAUCAACAUCUCUUUGCAUGAGAAGGUCAGAGGGGAGGAGCCUUUGGCUUUUCAUCCAAUGGCUUUUGAGAAGGAGAUUUUCCAAUGUUGAAGCAACGAAGGGGAUACCAAAGACUGUACAGAAUGUUUAGAGACUAUGUGGGGAAAACGUUACCUCCAAGCCAUUUUUCAUUCUGUCCAGUCAUAAAUAUUGUUCUAUAGCUGUCUUCAUUUCCGGAGCUGCUCCUGCCUGCGCUGAACAAAGAUAAUUACUCAGGAAAUGCUUCGGCCAAUCGGAUGCGGCCUUACAUCUCGCUUGUGAGAAAGGGGCCAGUCAGGGCCUGGCUACCAUCAGACGGGCCUGAUCGCCUUGCCUGAAGAGAGGAGCCUUCCCGGGCUGAGAGUGUCCUCCAUGUUUUAUAAGUGUUGACAUAACAGUGUGUCAGGCAGCCAUGCAUCCACAGAGUCUGGCUGAGGAGGAGGUAAAGACCGAGUCCGAGGGGGUAGAGGGGAUGGAUGUGUCCGUGCGAUCCAAAGUGUCUGACCCUGGGUCAGCAGAGCGGGCGCUGGUGGCUCAGAAGAGGAAGGUGUCCAGCCCCACCCACUCCUCCAAUGGCCACUCCCCCUCAGACACCUCCCCCAGCCCCCUGAAGAAGAAGAAGAAACCUGGAGCCAUCCAUAGCAACAACAAAGACCAGUCAGAGCUAAGACAUGGUCCCUUUUACUAUGUGAAGCAGCCAUCACUCACCACAGACCCUGUUGAUGUUGUACCGCAGGACGGCAGGAAUGACUUCUACUGCUGGCUGUGCCACCGCGAGGGCCAGGUGCUCUGCUGUGAGCUCUGCCCGAGGGUGUACCAUGCCAAGUGCCUCAAACUGCCAGCAGAGCCCGAGGGCGACUGGUUCUGUCCAGAGUGUGAGAAAAUCACAGUAGCAGAGUGCAUCGAGACACAGAGCAAAGCCAUGACCAUGCUAACGAUAGAUCAGCUCUCAUACCUCCUGAAGUUUGCCCUCCAGAAGAUGAAACAGCCAGGGACUGAGCCCUUCUGGAAGCCUGUAUCUCUGGAGCAGCACCCUGACUAUGCCGAGUACAUAUUCCAUGCUAUGGACCUCGCAACACUGGAGAAGAAUAUGAAAAAGAAAAUGUAUGGCUGCACGGAAGCCUUCUUGGCUGACAUGAAAUGGAUAUUGCACAACUGCAUCAUCUACAAUGGUGGUAAUCACAAACUAACAGCAACAGCAAAGGUCGUUGUGAAGAUCUGUGAACAUGAAAUGAACGAAAUCGAGGUCUGUCCAGAGUGCUACCUGUCCUCGUGCCAAAAGAGGGACAACUGGUUUUGCGAGCCAUGUGGUCAUACCCACCCCCUGGUCUGGGCCAAGCUGAAGGGCUUCCCCUUCUGGCCAGCCAAAGCACUGCGGGAGAAAGAUGGACAGGUGGACGCACGCUUCUUCGGACAGCAUGACAGGGCGUGGGUUCCCAUCAACAACUGCUACCUCAUGUCCAAGGAGAUUCCCUUCUCUGUGAAGAAGACCAAGAGCAUCUUCAACAGCGCCAUGCAGGAGAUGGAGGUCUACGUGGAGAACAUCCGCAAGAAGUUUGGUGUGUUUAACUAUGCCCCCUUCCGCACCCCCUUCACGCCCAACAACCAGCUCCAGAUGCUGCUGGAUCCAGCCAACCCCGGGGCAGGGGCCGUGAAGAUGGAGAAACCCGACAAGAUGCGCUUCAACUUCGACAUGACUGCGUCUCCCAAGAUGCUCCUGGGCAAGAGCUCUCUGUCGAGCGGGAUGGGGCGGAGGAUCUCUCUGACAGACAUGCCUCGCUCUCCCAUGAGCACCAACUCCUCUGUACACACGGGGUCUGACGUGGAGCAGGAUGGGAUGGAGAGAGGGCCCAGGAACCCCCCAUUCCACUACAGUGCUGGGGAGGAGUCUAUGGACUACACCGCGUCCCCUGCGUCAGUGAAGAUGGGCCAUGCAGGCAGCUUGACGGGCAGCCCCAAGCCAUUCUCCCCUGGUCUGGUGCCCAAGCAGGAGAGGGCCCCGGGCACAGGCAGCAUCCUCAACCUCAACCUGGAUCGUGUGAAGGCUGAGAUGGACCUGAAGGAGCUCAGUGAGGCAGUACAGCAGCAGCAGCAGCAACAACAACAACAACAACAACAGGGGUCAUCACUCCUCACCACCACCCCCAAGAGACCAAUCAGGAGCCUGGACAAGACCAUUGAGAGCUGCAAGGCCCAACUAGGCAUUGAUGGGAUCUCUGAGGACGUGUAUAAGGGCGUGGAACACAGUGACUCAGAGGAUUCCGAAAAGUCUGACUCCAGCGACAGCGAGUACCUUAGCGAUGAGGAGCACAGACAGAAGAGCGCCGCCCAUGACGACAAGGACAAAGCAGAGAGGGAGUCAAGGAAGAGGCCCAAGGCGAGCACACAGGGAGAGGACAAGGAGGCAGUCACAGAGACCAGGGAUAAAAAAAACUCUGAAGCCCUGCUCAAAGACAGACAGGGCAUCAAUGGCCCAGAGAGAGACUCCCAGGAGAAGCCCAGGACGCCCCAAACUCAGCCCCCCACAGACAUGCCCAAGGCCCCAGAGGAGGGGAGGGCAGGCGCACCCCGAACCCUUGCUGGCCCAGACCAGGACUCCGACUCGGAGAGGGAGCUGGUUAUUGACCUGGGGGAUGAGCAGGGGGGUCGCGACCGUAAGGCCAGGAGGGAGCUAGGGGCUGUAGUCGCCAAGGCCACGAAGGAGCCCCUUGGCACCAAGCUGGAAGGCAAAUUCCCUGUCGCGGUGGCACCCUCCCCAGCCUCUGCCACUUUGUCCAACCUCAAAGACCCCAGUCAGCCACUCAUCAACCCUCCACUCAACCUGUCCUCCAGCACAGGCUCUGGUCAGCCCAACACGGCCCUCGGCACCACCCCCUCUCCAGCCCCCACCUCCGCCCCCACCCUCUCCUCCGCCGCCGUCGCCUUGGCAGUGAAGAAACAGCGCCCUCUGCUGCCCAAAGAGACGGCUCAGGCAGUGCAGCGUACGGUGGUGUGGAACCCGGCCAACAAGUUCCAGACGUCGUCCCAGAAGUGGCACAUGCAGAAGGUGCAGCGGCAGCAGCAGCAGGAGGAGCAGCCGUCUACGCCAACACAAACACAGGCUCCUGUUCCGGUUCAGGCGCCGACGCAGACCCAGGCACAGACACGCAGCCCACAGCAGCUCCAGUCACAGCAGCAGUUGCCGGGAUCUUCCAGUAUGCGCUACCAGACCAGACAAGCAGCAAAAGCCGUGCAACAGAAAGAUGGUCCCCAGACUUCCACCUCAUCAGUCACCUUGGUCACCUCUGGUGCCUCCUCCUCCUCCUCCUCCUCCUCUUACCUGGCAGGAGACUUUCAGAUCCCCACAGCCUCAGCAGAUGUGGCAGCUGACAUAGCAAAGUACACCAACAAAAUGAUGGAAACGAUUAAAGGAACAAUGACAGAAAUCUACAACGACCUUUCCAAAAGCACUUCAGGAAACACAAUCGCAGAGAUCCGGCGGCUGAGGAUAGAGAUUGAGAAACUUCAGUGGCUACAUCAGCAAGAGCUUUCAGAGAUGAAGCACAAUCUUGAACUGACUAUGGCGGAGAUGAGGCAGAGUCUGGAGCAGGAGAGGGAGCGUCUGGUGGCGGAGGUGAAGAAGCAGAUGGAGGUGGAGAAACAGCAGGCGGUGGAUGACACCAAGAAAAAGCAGUGGUGUGCCAACUGCAGGAAGGAGGCCAUAUUCUACUGCUGCUGGAACACCAGCUACUGUGACUACCCCUGCCAGCAAGCUCACUGGCCAGAACACAUGAAGUCCUGCACACAGUCAGCAACAGCUUCUCAGCAGGAACCAGAGGCGGAGUCUACUUCUGACCCUUCAGCCAAACCACCAGGUCACUCCUCCAGUACCCAGGCCCCUUCUGGUACAGGAUCUGCUGCCACAGACAAAGGACCCUCUCCUACCUGCUGUGUAGACAAGAGCAAGGACAGUGCCAGUGCUACUGUGCCCUAACCACUACACUGCACACACACACACAUUUUAUACUCUACAAUCCUGCAGUCUGUAAAAUGUAUGUAUCUGUUGCAAAGAGACAGAUCCAAUAAACCAAGCCUUUUUGCGACCAACUAAUCUGGGAAUGUCCAGCGAAUCUCCGUAUGAAAGACCACAGAGGUAUCAAAACCAACAGACACCCUCACCUUCUCCUAGCCAGGCUUAGGGCUUUAAAACGCCAAGAACACUCCUUGCAUAAGGCCUGCUCCUCUGUGAUUCAGCUGACUCAUCCCCUGUCCCUUGUUUUGUUCAACGUCUGCCUCGUGAUCUGAUGUUUUAAGCCAUCCUUCAUCCUCCUCAAAGUCUAUGUGCUAGACUGGAGGAUUCACUUACCUUACUUGUCCUUGUGACUCGUUCAUCUGGAUAUCAAACUUCAGUCUGUAUACAUUUUAACUCUUUCUUUCCUCUUUUCAUCCUAUUUGUAUAUCCCUCUUACCAUCUAUCCUAACGCUAGUUAUCUACAGGAAAGUACAUCAAAAGAUCAGACAUCAAUGUUUUGUGUGUUCUUACAACAAUCUUAAACUUGAAACCUGUGAUGCUGCUCUUUAAAAUAUACCACAAGUCUUUAUAGUUAUUUGCCACCAGAAGUGAAACAGAGCACGUUACUGUGCCAGCCCUUUUUGGGACACCCAAACAAUCUAAAAUGUAAAUUAUUCUACAUUGUCAAUGCGGUUUAAAAGUUUCAUCAUUUUGUAAGGAGUUGACAAGGGUGUAUUUGAAAAUCCAUGAACAGUAUACACAGACAUUUCAUUCAAAGGGAUAGCAUUAAGUUGGUAAUCACGCCACGUGUUACCUUAUUGUUUCAUACUCAUUAUAUAUCGUAGUUCCUCAGUGUAUACAUAGAUUUUAAUAAACUGUGAUGUAUAAAAACUAUAAAGGUUAAAACUGUACAAAGUUUUUGUAAUAAGACACAUGGACAAUAUUUAUAGUGCUCUGACAAGCAUAUGAGAUUUUUUUUUAAAGUACUGUUUGUGAAUGAAAAUCACUUUCCAAAUGUUUUGAAAUGGCUCAGCUCUGGAAAUCGUUUUUAUUUAAAUGCAUUGUAAGACUUUAUAUGAAUGUCACCUGGACCCUCUGUUCAGAUUCUGUCAGAACUAUUUCUCAUCAACCUUCGAUGGUUUGGUUAUUCGUUAACAAUGUAAGCCUACUCCAGAAUUACUUUCGACCAUGAUAGUGUUUUUGGAGGGUAAAGGAAACAGCAAAAGUGACUGACUGUAUAUUAUUCUGAGCAUGUUUAUUUACCCCUUUGUUUGUCAUAUAUUCUCUUGUUUACAUAUUGUACAUAUAGUAAAUGGAUUGUUAAUGUCUUUAAGAAAAAAAUUAAACAGGUCUGACCAA